AUGGCGGUCCCGUGGGGACUGUUUGGAGACGUCAAAUUCAAGGUCUCUGAGAUCUAUGAGGGGAUCUUCAGGUCGGUGAAAGUGAAGAACAGAAAGAAGUUGGAGACUCUCCGAAGUAAUUCGGCGCUGGUUAGCGUGUCAACACAUGAGAACACGGCUUUUUUCAACUUCACAAAUAUAGAACCUCCGGAGAGAGUAAAAGGCAACUUGUGCCUAGAGACUAAAUUCGGGUUAGAGGUACGCAAUAGUGAGAUGCCUAUCUCAACUGUCAUCAAAGACCUUGAACUCUGCAUUCAGAGUGUAAAGAUGAGGGAUAUCCCUGAGGAACAACACUCAGAAAAGAGAAAUAACAUUAGGGCAGAAGCCAUUAACAUCAUCACGAACUUUCACUUGAAACCGAGGUCCAACAACCGCAGUCAGCGCGACCAAGAUGCGAUAGCAACUAAGAAAUUUCUAAAGGAGAAUAGAGACCUGAUCGUAGCGCGAUCAGAUAAAGGAAAAGCCACUGUGUUAAUGCACAGGGAAGAAUAUCUGCAGGUCAUGAAGAGGAUGCUGGCAGACGAGGAUACUUGCCAACGCAUUGAGAAAGAUGUAACUUUCAAGCUCGAAAGGAGAGCGAACGAGUUAGUAGAUAGUCUUCAGUGCGAGGGGGUGAUUAGUGAAGAGAGAGCGAAGGCCUUGAAGACUCACAAUUCGACGACCCCAAGGAUGUAUGGCCUGAGAAAGGUACAUAAACCAGGGUGCAACCUACGACCUGUUGUUAGCUGUAUAAAAGCCCCUAUGUACAAGGUAGCUAGGUUUUUACAUGAGCUGUUAGUCCCUGUGAGUAGUAAUUCAAGGUUCAGCGUCAACAACUCAGCUGAGUUUGCUACGUUUGCCGGUGGGGUCCAACUACCGCAAGGUUAUAUUUUGGCAUCCCUAGAUGUAGUGUCUCUCUUCACAAACAUCCCUAAAGAUCUAGUGUUGAAGAUCGUGGAGGACAAAUGGGAGGAAUGGUCCACACGUGUUCGUGCUUCGAAAAAGCUCGUGGUGGCGCUGGAAAAGUUUUGCUUCGAAGGUAGUUACUUCACUUUCGAUAAUGAACUUUAA